UCUUAGCCCUCUCUAGGGUUUAAAUCGAAAUAUUGCCCCUCUCUUCUCCUGAAGCACCGAAACAGAGUCACAGAGCCAACAGGAAAACCGAGAGAAGAGCAAGAAAGAAGUAAUGGAUUCAUUUUCUUCACAUUCAAGUAUGGGAUCUGGGUCACCCCAAAUGUCAGCAGAAGAUUUUAAGGACCAGUUAAAGAAUCAACUUGCACAAGCUUAUGCCCAGGAGUUCCUUGAGACUGUGAGGGACAAAUGCUUUGCCAAGUGUAUAACAAAACCAGGGUCAAGCCUGAGUGGGAGCGAAAGUAGCUGCAUCUCCAGGUGUGUGGAACGCUACAUUGAGGCUACUGGCAUCAUCAGUAAAGCUCUUUUCAAUGCACCACGCUGAACUUCAAGAAAGUUUCCCCCGAAGAUGUCCUGCAAACUAUCAUGGGAACUCUUGAGCGAGAGCAGAGAUUGUGUUUUAUAUUGUAUCCCAUUUUUAGCAUUUAUCAUGGGAACAUAUAUUUUCUUAACAUUGAUCUGUAAAAGAUUUAUUCAGUUGAAUUUCAGCCAAUUUUUGGGCAAUUAAUUA